UUUCUCCCCCCCCCCCCACUUACAGAAUAAUUGCUGCUGAAGCUUCUGAUCGCCACCCCCAUGAGGAUGACGUCAUGACACGUUUCGUGACGUCAUAGAUGAUGUCACGUGGUUAGUGGCGACGAUACAGAUCCCUCGCCCUCGCUAUCACCUCCUCACCUCGCCCGCACUGCCCGGGGGAAGUAAAGCCAAGCAGCCAUGGACGGAGUCGUAUCUCUGUUAUUGCUCCUCGGGGCAUGUAUAAGUCAAGGCGCCGCCCUUCCCUCGCCCAGCCACAGAGCUGCAAGCGUCUUCCACAACCGUCCUCCUUCAUCCAGCCACACACGCGCGACAUUAGCGAGCGAUAGAAGAUUUUCCCGGCGCGAAGGACCUUCCAUCCGGGUCAGCGGGGAAUUAGCCAAUGGUCGAAGAACUGAUGCGGAAUUCACCAAUCAGGAGCGAGCAAGCGGCCACGGCGCUGAUGAAUCGACCAAUCAAAAUAGGGCUUCUGACUCUGACCGGCGCGUGGCUUCUUCCUCCUCGCUCAGCAGCCGCCAAGUCGACAUGAUGCUUGAAAUCCUCGACGAACUCCGGGAUCUCGAAGGAGAGGCGAGAGGAGGCGGAGGCGCCGUCCUCACCACAGACGUGUAUCAGGGGAAGAAGACCCUGGUGUACAAAUUGGCCCCCGGGAACGCCAUCUUCGGCGGGAAGGUCAGGAAAACGAGUCCCGACGCGAGCAGCGAGACGGCGCCGAACCUGCAGGAGAGAUUCGACACCAAGAGCGUCAUUUACACAGACGUCGGCAUCGGGCCAACCGCGAGCCAGAUGGAACCCGCGCGCCCGCCGACCGCAGGUGUCGGGCCGCCCAUCAAAGUCCCAGUCCCAAGUCGGCAGUUCCAGCGCCCGCCGUUACCCCCUCGCCCACCACCACACGCCCCCGCAGACGCCGCCGGAGCGACCACCACCUGGAGACUCCACUACAUGAAGCCGCCCCCACCCAUCUCCGCCAUGCACAACCCCUACCUCACGACCCGCCGCCCUUCCCCGCGGCCCUCCCACACGCCCCAAGUCCCUAUCCGCUGGAGAAAGAGAAAACCGGCCGCGGGCCUUGCGCCCACGAUCUCCGAGGCGCUGUUCUACCCUCUGGGGAAGGCGGUGCAAAUAGCUCGCACGAAGGCACGGGGAGCGUGGGUAUCGUUCCUCCUCCUGCAUUACCUGGGCUUCAUCCCCCCCGUGCCAGGAAUCCCCCGCCACCAGGACCCCGACGACGUCCCCUUCAGCAUCAUGAAUAUGAUCGCGCGGCUCCUCUGACACUUCGGCGACCCAGAGCCAGCUUUUAGCAAUUCGUUCCUCGGAGCACCAACUCUCGCUCGAUUUCUAUUCUAUUGUUGAUCUGUCUGUCAGCUCAUCUCUUUCAUUCCCAUUUAUAGACUGUUAAUUUAUUAAUUUAUUUAUUAUUUUUCCACUUAUAGUGCUGUUCUCCCUAUCUUGACUUCUAAGGAAGGGCAUUGUGCGCGGGUAGUGAAAUGUGGCCAAAACAUGUAUUUUAGUCUUUAACUACAAAAUGAUAUUAGUGUUCAGCAGCCAUGAAAUAUAUAUAUAUAUAUAUAUAUAUAUAUA